CUUGCAAACCGCAGACCUGUCUUCAUCUCCUCCAUGAGUAUUACUUAUAUAUACCACCGCGCGAUCCAUAGAUAGAUCAAACCAAUUCAUAAUCGUUUAGGACGCAUCAUAUCAUACAUGUGUCUGAUCGAUCACUAGAUGAUUAAUCUCUCCACCUCCUCAGCUAGCUUGUCCCAUGCAGCAUAUUUUUCAUUUCACCUUGCUUGAUAGGUAGUAACAGAAAUCCUAGCUAUAUAUAAGUGAAACACUACUGGACCAAGAGCUUGCAUCCCAACGCGAGAGAGAGAGAGAGAGAGAGAGAGAGAGAGAGAGAGAGAGAGAGAGAGAGAGAGAGAGAGAGAGAGAGAGGUUGCUUAUGGAAGGUGCAGAGUGGCCGGAGCCGGUGGUGCGGGUGCAGUCGCUGUCGGAGAGCGGCGGCGCCACCAUCCCGGAGCGCUACGUCAAGCCGGAGGCGGAGCGCCCUGCGUUGGUGGCGGCAGAGAGCGAGGCGGAGGGAGGAGGAGGACGAGAGGGCAUCCCUGUGGUGGACCUGUCGUCGCCGUGCGACCCGGAGACGGCGCGGGCGGUGUCGGAGGCGUGCCGCGAGUGGGGCUUCUUCCAGGCGGUGAACCACGGCGUGCCGGGGGAGCUGCUCCGCCGCGCGAGAGGGGUGUGGCGCGGGUUCUUCCACCAGCCCAUGGAGGUGAAGCAGCGGUACGCCAACUCGCCGGUGACGUACGAGGGGUACGGCAGCCGUCUGGGCGUGGAGAAGGGCGCCGUCCUCGACUGGGGCGACUACUACUUCCUCCACGUCCGCCCGCCCCACCUCCUCUCCCCUGACAAGUGGCCCCACCUCCCCCAUGAACUCAGGGAGACGACGGAGGAGUACAGCCGGGAGGUGGCGGCGCUGUGCGGUCGGCUGAUGGCGGCGAUGUCGUUGGGUCUGGGCGUCGGGGAGGCGCGGCUGCAGGAGGCGUUCGGCGGCGCGGAGGGGACCGGGGUGUGCGUGCGGGUGAACUACUACCCGCGGUGCCCGCAACCGGAGCUGACGCUGGGGCUGUCCUCGCACUCGGACCCCGGCGGCAUGACCGUGCUCCUGGCCGACGACCGCGUCAGGGGGCUCCAGGUGCGCCACCGCGGCGCGUGGGUCACCGUCGACCCCGUCCCCGACGCCUUCAUCGUCAACGUCGGCGACCAAAUCCAGCGAGACCGAGCUGCUGAGCUGCCACUGAUUCAAAAGCCAGACCACGUGCUUCAUGCAUGUAGUUCUUCUAUCUUUAGCCAUUGGGUGGCUGGUCCAGACGUCCUGCGGUGCAUUCUGCUACCACCGGCCAUCUGCUGCUGCUUCGCAAGAAUCGCCUCCGUUACUGGUCCUCCUGCUCCAACAACAAGCAGCACUGCAGCAGCACGUUUUCCUGAGGGCCAAAACUGUUAGCCCCUUGUCCUGCAGGUCCGAACCCAAAUCUGAUUCUCGCCUUUAAACACCAUUCAUGGGGCUGUCUGCACGGACGUGUCCACCGUUCACUGGUCUGUGGUCUCGCCCUGCUCCUGCAGAAGGGACUGUUAGCUUUUCUGCUCUGCUUGCUUGCUUUGCUGCUUGACAAAACCCAGCCAUCUGAUGCCGAUAAAUGAUGGUGACUGGUUUUGUUGUGCAUAUCUUUGGGCCAUAGUUUGGAUAGGUAGGGAUCCUAGGCAAAUCCACGUGGAAGUUAGGAUAGGAUCAUGCCCGGUCUACGCAAGUUGGGAGUUCAUUUAGUGCCUAAUUGGUUAUAUGUACGAAAUCAAUCUGAUUUGAUAGGUGUCUGUAAUCGUAUAGACAAACGCGUUUCGAUGUUCGUAUGUAUUAUUCUAAUAUAGUUUGAUGGAUAUAAGUGUACGUCGCAGUUUGAUUUGAGA